GCUGUCCUCCGCACAUCGCGUGUGCAUCCUGCACCCUGACGUCAAAGGCCCAGCCGCAAGGACGAUGCGUUCCACAGGUCCAGGGAGGCGCGUGGCCCGGACGGGCUGGGUCACUGGAAGGGGAGGGGUAACAGGACACAUGAGUUGGAGGACACACCUAGGGGGCGGGGGAAAAUGAUGGGCGUCGCCAUGAGGCCCCCUGGGUAGGCGCGUGGGAGUGGCCUAGGGCUGUCGUGAAGAUAGCCGAGAUGAUCCUGGGCCUGAGUCAGGUUGGGUGGAGGGGCGUGCUCUCGGUGAGCGUGGGGCAGGGAUUAAGAGCCUAAGUGUGGGACCGUGCGUGGGAGGGGCCUUGGAGAGCCUGGGCAGUGCCUGAAUCUGUUCUGAAGACCGGUUUAUUCUGAGAAUGAUGUGGCAGAAGCAGCCUCUCUGGUGUGUACGCUGCCAGGGUGGUCAGUGGCGAGGACCCUGGUGGUACCCACGAGAGUUCCCGACAGCAAGAUGGUGUUCGGGAAAGGCAACUUCCGGGACGUCACUGAGAAGAUCCGAGGGAGCCAGGACAUCACGUGUGUCUUCCUGAAUGUGGAGAGGAUGUCAGUCCAAACCAAGACUGCCCUGGAGGCCUCGUGGGGCGUGCCCGUGUUGGACAGGUUCACCGUGGUCCUCCACGUCUUCCGCUGUAACGCACGAACCCGAGAGGCCCGGCUGCAGCUGGCACUGGCAGAGAUCCCGCUGCUCAGGUCCACCCUCAGCACUAGAACAACCACACAGAACCAGCCAGGACAGGGUUCACGGUACAUCAUGGGGUCAGGGGUGUCAGCCACGGAGCUUCGGCAGCGGGCGCUGAGGGACCGGGAGGCUCGGAUCCGGCAGGCACUAGCUCGGUUGCGAGACAAGCGUGACCUGCUGCGGAAGCUGCGUACCAAGCGAGAGUUCCCUGUGGUGUCUGUGGUGGGCUACACAAACAGCGGGAAGACCACGCUUAUCAAGGCGCUGACUGGGGACGCUGCCCUGCAGCCACGAGACCAGCUGUUCGCAACUCUGGAUGUGACCGCCCAUGCGGGGUGGCUGCCAUCCCGAGUGCCCGUGUUGUACAUGGACACUGUGGGCUUCCUGUCCCGGCUACCGCAUGGGCUCAUGCAGGCCUUCUCUGCCACGCUGGGGGACGUGGCUCACUCAGAUGUGGUUGUGCAUGUGAGGGAUGUGGCACACCCGGACACUGAGCUGCAGAAGGAAACUGUCCUGUCCACACUCCAGGGCCUGCGCCUGCCUCCUGCCCUGCUGGACACUGUUCUCGAGGUUCACAAUAAGGUGGACCUGGUGCCAGGGUACCAACCCACGGUGUCAGGUGCACUGACUGUGUCUGCUACCUCGGGACUUGGCCUAGAUGAGCUGAAGGAGGCACUGGAGGGCUUGGUGCUACAGGCCACUGGCCGGACAGUUGUCACCCUCCAAGUGCCGUUAGGUGGGGUAGAGCUGAGCUGGCUGUAUGCAGAGGCCACGGUGCAGCAGCUAGAAGAGAUGCCCGAUGAGUGCACGGCCCAGCUGACCGUCAUCAUCAGCCAGGCUGCCCUCUGCAGGUUCCGGAAGUUGUUCCCUGGUGUUCUUUAAGUGACAAGCUGGCCUAAGUGGACCAGAAGUGGACCCAGCUGGUGGGAGGGUUUAGGCUACGCACAGCACAUAGCUCCGCUCUCCUCUCCUUCCUGAACUGACUGACAGCUGCUAGUGGGAGGGUGUGGGCCAUCCUGGAGCCCCGCCACUUUCUGCCUCCCACACUGACUGACAGCUGCUCAAUAAAACAGGACUUGCACUGUGUCCACUCUCAGGGUUAUAGUCUAGGAUGGGCAGUGGAGAGGGGUUUGGGGGAGGUCCGUGUCACCUGGGAAUGUGAGUGUAGACUGUCAGCAUCACAUGGAGGGAGAGGGGGUAGGGGCACUGGGGUUGGGUGAUGAAGGCCACCUGCAGGAAGUGGUUGUGGACAUUCAGGGUCAUGGGGUGGGUGUGAUGGGCAGGACCCCACUGUGGGAAUGCCAUCACCUGAUCGUUGUAGCCUUUCCUGCUCUGUGGCUUCCUCUUUCUCAUGCCCUUUAUACAUGACCCCACCCAUGUCACCCCUAAUGGUAGGACAGAGGGGAGUGGGAGGGAGGGCUAAGCAAAGGAAAGGGAGGAGAGAGGAGUCCACCAGGAGUGGGAGAGUGUACGCUUUGCAACAUUGAAGUGAAACCUGAGGCCACAUGUCACAUCACUUGUGUAGACCUUGAAAGAAGAACAUCUCAACUUCAUAUGGAAUAACAAGAAACCCAGAACUGCUAAAACUGUCCUCUACCAUAAAAGAUCUGCUGGAGGUAUCGCCAUUCCUUAUAGGGCAACAGCAAUAAAACCUGUAUGGUACUGGCA